AUGAACCAGGACAGCAGAGACGCCGACGAGGGUCCCCCGGCCAAGCGCCAGCGAAGCUCGGAGCCCCUCGACGCAACUAUCCUCGCCCCUUCCGAGGACGUUCCCAUGGACGGCCACGACAUCCCGAUGGAUGGCCAAGAUGUAGCCAUGGUAACCCAAACCACCGAAGACGUCGUCGCCUCAGCUCCCGAACCCACACCCGUCGUCACGCCACGAAAGCGCGGCCGGCCCCCGAAGCAAAGACCGACCAAAUCACCCGCCACCCCAUCGACCUCUGCGCCCAACACCACGCAUCUCACGCCGCUCAAGGCCGCAGGGCCGAAUGCUUCGACCCCGGGCCGUAACGCCGCCGACCGCUCUGCGCGCCGCAAGACGGCGCGCACGCUUCUCGAGCACGCGACCGGUGACGGCCCGAGCGACGACGACGCCGGCGCCUCGGACGAGGACGAGGAUCUCGCGCGGGCCAUCUUUGGCGACACAUCGGAUGAGGACGACGACAUCAACGACCGCAUGUCUGACGGCGAUGGCCUGCUGCCUGACGAAGCAACUGCGGCAGCAUCGACACCCACAAAGCAGAAACGGCCGCGGAGGAAGCGCGCCAAGUCGCCGACGCCGCCGCGCGACCUCCCGCCGCAGGAAAUGUACUUUUUCCACAACAAGCCCGGCCGGCCCAAGACCUCUGACAAUACGCUCUCCGGCCUGCGGCUGCUCACGCACGACGAGUACUUUGACGUCCUUGGCAAGAAAAGCGCCGUCACCCAACGCCACGCCAAAGACGUCGACUACCUCGAGACGCUGCACGCCGAGUCGUUUGCGCAGUGGGCGCUGGAGCUCGCGCAGGGCUUUAGUCUGUGCCUCUACGGCUUCGGCUCCAAGCGCAACCUCCUCCAGAAAUUCGCGACACAUCUAUAUACCCUGGCGCCCGAGAGCCCGAUUGUCAUCGUCAAUGGCUACACGCCCACAACGAACAUCCGCGAGAUCCUGUCGUGCGUGGCGCGCGCCGUGCUGCCCGACACGAAAAAGAGCCUCCCCUCGACGCAGCCGCUCGCCAUGGCGCAAUCCAUCCUCGCCCACCUCUCAUCCUCCCCGUCCUCCACCUCCGUCACCAUCCUAGUGCACUCCAUCGACUCCUCCUCCUUCCGCCGCGCCUCCGCCUCGUCCUACCCCAUCCUCGCGUCCCUCGCCGCGCACCCGGCCGUGCACCUGCUCUGCUCCGCCGACGCGCCCGACUUCUCGCUCCUCUGGGACGUCGGCGUGCGCUCCGCCUUUAACUUUGUCUUCCACGACGCCACCACCUUUGCGCCGCUGGCCGUGGAGCUCGACGCCGUGGACGAGAUGCACGAGCUGCUCGGGCGGAAAGCGCACCGCGUGCACGGCCGCGAGGGCGUCGCGUUUGUGCUCAAGAGCUUGCCGGAGAACGCCAAGAACCUGUUCCGCCUGCUGGUCGGCGAGGUGCUCAUCGCCAUGGACGAGGAUGCCGGGGGCGCAGAGGAAGGGAGCACGGGUGUGGAAUAUAGAAUGGUGUAUAACAAAGCAGUGGAGGAGUUUGUGUGCAGUUCGGAAAUGGCGUUCCGUACCCUCCUUAAAGAAUUUCACGAUCAUCAAAUCAUUACCAGCCGCAAAGACGCGCUGGGUACAGAGCUUUUGAGUCUGCCGUUUAGGCGGGAGGAGCUGGAGGCCAUUUUAGAAGAUCUCAUGGCGUGA